AUGUCCAAGGUCUUCACCGUCUUCGGCGCCACCGGCAACCAAGGCGGCUCAGUCAUCCGCGCCGUCCUCGCUGACCCCGUCCUGUCCAAAGAGUACAAGCUCCGCGGCGUGACUCGCGAUGUCAGCAAGCCGGCCGCGCAGGCCCUGAUUGCCCAGGGCGUCGAAGUGGUCAAGGCGGCCGCGCCGGCCGUCAAAGGCGCCCACUCGGUCUUCCUGGUGACCAACUUCUGGGAGUCCAUGUCGGACAAGACGGAGAUGGCGCAGGGCAAAGCCGUCACCGACGCCUGCAAGGCCGCCGGCGUCGAGCACCUCAUCUUCUCGUCCCUCAUCGACGUCAGCCACGCCAGCGGCGGGAGGCUCAGCCACGUCACUCACUUUGACGGCAAGGCCAGGAUUGAGCAGUACAUUCGCGGCAGCGGCAUCCGCUGCACCUUUGUGCAGCCCGGCCUGUUCAUGAGCGGCUUCCUCGGCUUCAUCCGGAAGCAGGACGACGGCAGCCUGGCCUGGGCCAUGCCCGAGGGCGUCAAGCCCGACCAGGCCCAGCUGCCGCUGUUUGACGCGGCCGCUGACACUGGUAUUUUCGUCAAGGCCGCGCUCAGGAGCACCUCCGACGGAAAGGUCAUCCGCGCCGCCACCGACUACUACACCCCGGCGCGCAUCGUAGCCGAGUUCGAGCAAGCAGCCGGCAAGGAGGUGGCGUACCGCGAGGUGCCCCACGAGGCGUUCAAGUCGUCCCUCCCGCCGGCGGCGGCGCAGGAGCUGCUUGAGAACAUGCUCCUCUUCCAGGACCCGGGGUACUAUGCUGGCGCUGGUCUCGAGGACAGUCUUGCGCUGCUGGGGCACGACAAGCCGACUACGUGGAAGGCAUAUGUUGAAGAGAACAAGGCAAAGUGGGAUUAG